CGUUUCAUCUCUCUCUCAUCGCAAUCAAAUAUACUGGUAAGUUGUUGCUCCGAUCUUGAAUCUUUCAUGCUUGUUCUUCUAGAAUAGUCCUUCAUGUAAAUCAUCAUCUGUUGUCUUUCUACUAUCUCAUUGCCUGUCAACUCUUCUCUCUGUGUCUCUCUCUCUGUUACAAAUUUUUAUUUUUUCCCUUCGGGAUUUCCGCUGGAACUGCAUGCUGAGAUAUACGCGAGCCAGCCGCAUCUCCCAGCCCUCCCACGGCGUUCCGGGCAAGAUAAUCCGCGCCGAACAAGCGAUUCACGCCCGGCCGGCAGUGAUUGAGCAACUCCAGGCACCGCGCCUGAUAUCCACGUCCUCCCACCCACCAGAGAACACCUCAGAUCCACCGCUACACCUUGUCCUAACCUUUGCCUCUCUCUCUCUCCUCCCUCCCCCCCCCCCUCCACUUCCUACUCUUCAAAUCUGCCGGAUCUCUCCGUCUGUCCCCCCUUUCCUUUUGCUGCAGGGGCUUUUGAGGAUACUUCUGCUGCUUCUGAAGUCCUCUCACAUCCUUGGCUUUGGCUGGUACCCCCCGUCGGGUUGCGUCUGGUCGGGUUCUCUCCUAUACCUCGUUCCCGUCCUUUGCCAUCCUGUGUCGCUUGUUCGCCGCCCUGCCCCCCCGGCUGAUCUUACCGCGCAUUUUCGGUCAACUGGCUUCUGUGAACAAGUACACCAAUCCCUUCUUCACUUAAUCUUUUUUUCUCCUUCCUUAUCCCGCCUGUCUCCUGCUUUCAUCUGGACCGUGUCUCGAUUGAAAGUCCUUUUGCCCGCUUGUGCUCCGUCUCGCCUCACCUUGUGGAAGUCACCGAAGAUUCUUUCUCUUCUUCUCUCCCAGUUGCCGUAUGCUUCUGAGUGGGCCACACUCGCCUUCCUUGUUGGUGAUCAUCGCGACACCUUUGCUCUGCGUUGUCCUAUACUCCGUCAGAGAUACCCCCCUCUACGUCAGUUAGCGUGAAACGAUAUCGCGGGUUCAACUUCCGCCUAGAUUAGCCCCGGAACCCGGCUUACUCCCUGGCGAUCGCGCAUUCAGGUCUGGUUACGAAGCCGUUUUUAAACACUGGGCUGGAAGCGUCUGUGACCCUGCCUUGUACAUUCCCUCACCUCGGGACCU